ACAAUUCAUAGAAUAGCUGAAUGAGUGAUAUGGAAAAUGAUGUCCAAUUAGAUGAUCUGCAAGAUUUUUUGCAUUGACGAAAAUUUUCGUUGUUUAAGAUGUCUGUGAAGCAAUCAGUUGGUCUUAUUUCAAAGCCUGAUGUUGAGAAAGUAUGGAUAGAAAUCAAAGAGAAAGUUAGAUCCUCCCCUUCCAUGGUAUUUUCUGUCAUUGGGGAUUCUGAUAGUUUUGUACCCAGACCGUGGGCCAAGUCGGUGUUCCAGACAGCAUUGAUAGAAGCAGCUAAAAGUGGAGGGGACACGUGGAUCCUUUAUCGUGGCUAUGACUACGGAGUGUCCUCCAUUGUACGCAGUGCGUACCGGAAGUAUGGCGAUAUGGAGUUUCGCGCCAAAAGUCACGAUGUUCAUAUACAGGACCCCGAGAGACGUGUGAAGCUGAUAAGUAUGGCAGGGAAAACUGCAUCUCGUAAAACACAUCCAAAGAAAAACAAGAUGUACCAGAUUGGAGAUGUUAAAUUAGAAGAUUUAGAGGAGAUCAUCACAGAACCCAUAGAAGCAGAAUGUAACAUUGAAACUACAGAUAGAACAUCUUACUUACUCGAUUUUGAGGAAUAUGUUUCAAAGCAAGAAGUUCCUUUUCUCAGUCAAACAAUUGACCUGAAACUGCCUAUCCCGAUUGUAAUCCUGGCUCUUGAAGGCGACAUACAUACGAUAGAACACAUAGCCGGGGCUCUGGACAGGAAGAUACCAGUCAUCAUAAUUAAGGGAUCUGGAAAAGCAGCAGAUCUCAUCUUGGAUUACAUGGAAAACAAGGAACUUCUUAGGAAGAAAGCCAGUGUUCUGUUUGGGAUCCAAUUUGAUGAGGAGACUUUCCAGUCACUAUCCAGACAUUUAGAAGACAUUGUGAAGGCGUCUGAUUUGGUUGAUGUUUUUGAUGUUAACGCUGACGAUCCUUUGAUGCUGUCUAACAUCGUGGGUGAAGCAGUCGUAAGCUGUUGGGCAACAGAGAAAAUUCUCAGAAACAAAAAUACAGAUGCAAGCAUGAAACCAGAGAGGGACAAAGAGAGGUCAUCGAAUCUUCCACGAAGUAAUGGGUCUGUACACAUUGGUACGACAGUAUUCGGUGGUCAGCUCCGUAAAAGUAACGCAGUGAUGCCCGAACGGGAGGAAAUCGAGAAACUGUUCUCCCAACACAGAGAGUCCAGGGCUUAUGUUUUAGACACUAAGUUCUCAUCUCCAACAUCCCUUCCCUUGUACUUUUAUUUCGAGUACCAGUUUUUGCAAGAGUUAGGAAAGUUAAAGGAAUACGGACAUAUGCUGCUUUUUGAGGCCCUGAUUGCCAAUAGAUGUGACUACGUACGAGUUCUCCUGGAUCAGGGAGUUCGGUUUAGACUCUGGAAUUUAUCAGAACUGUAUGAACAGACGGUUUCGUGUAAAGACUGCCAUUUUGAAAAUGAUGACUGUCUACACAUCCAAUGGCUCCUGAAGCAAAUUGAGGAAAGGAAAGCCGAGGAACUAUGUUUUACUCAUAGACGAUUGACAAGAAAGAUACAGGAAAAAGAAAAUGAAAAUCGUCAGGCAGAAAAAGUACUGACAGGAGUCAUAGUUUUUGACACGGAAACCAAAAUUAUCGAAAAAAUAAGAAAAGAAGUAAUUGAAAGAAAUAAGGAAAUCAGGGAACUAAAAGACCAACUGAACGCCUUUGUUAAGGACGACAAAACGCAGAGAGAGAUCGCGGAAUCUACUAAAGGGUUGUGUCGAACAAUUCUAGGAUACAAAGAGGCAAACGUUAACGAUAUGGAAGACACGGAGGAUCUUGAGGAAAUAGAAGACGAGGAUUGUGAACAAAACUUUAGCUCUAUGAACAUCUCUGAUAUCUUACUGUGGGCAAUCUUCGCAAAUCGGAAGGAAAUAGCAGAAAUUUGUUGGCUUCGUACAACAAACCAUUUACUGAAGGGUCUAGUCUGCGCUGCAGUGCUGAGAAAACUAUCGAAGAAGGCAGACAAUGUCAAGGAACAGAACCUGUCCACAGAAUUCGCUAAUCAUGCAAAGAUAUUUGAAGACAGAUGUUUGGCAAUUAUGGACGGUAUGUACGACGAGGAUAACCAGAAAGCUAUAGAUCUGAUGGAUGACGAGGCGAUAGUGUGGGGUAUUAAAUCCAGUCCUCUUGCCUUCGCUCACGAAAAUUUCAUGUACGACGUAGUGGCACACACCUGCUCUCAGAAGAACAUGAACAAACGCUGGUACAACAAUCUCGCACCGGACUUAAAACCAUUCCUCAAGUCCGUCUGUCGAAAACCAAGAAUGUUUUUCACAGCUCCUCUCACAAAAUACAUGUUCAACUACACCAUGUUCUUCAUCAUGUUGGUGAUGUACAGUGCCUUUGUAUUGAGUAACAUUGGUUCCGAGUUUUACGAACUGGACACAAAUAAAGUCUUUGAAUAUUUUGUUUACUUCUGGGGUACUGGAGACCUCAUAGAGGAACUCAUAUGCUGCUUUGGGUGCCUGGAACCAGUAGGUAGGUCCCACCGUGGGUAUUACUCCAGGAUGAAGAGGUACCUGUUCGACUUCUGGAACGUGGUGGACCUUCUGUCCUAUGUGUUACUGAUUGUCGCGUUGUUUGUCCACCUUUUCCACCCAUCCCCUGAUUUUACUGUAGCUAGGAGGAUGUUUUCCCUCUCUCUCCUCGUCAUGUACCUGAGGUUCCUCGAGGUAUUUCUGGUGCACAGGAAGAUGGGACCAACUCUAAUAAUGAUUAAAGAAAUGUUGAAGGAUCUGCUCCGCUUCCUGGUGUUGGCCGUUUUCGUGGUACUGGGUGUGGGGAUGUACUACCACGCUAACCUGUGGCCGGACCACCCAAACAUCUGGAGCGGGGACUGGCACAACUGGAGAAUCUGGACCAUCAUCUAUUAUCCGUACUGGCAACUGUAUGGGGAAAUCAAAAACGAGUUCCUGGAGGGUAAGGACCUCUCGGACUGCACUAACGUGACGAGUAUCUGGUCCUCAGACACGUCCAGGGAGCGGUGUCCUCAGGAAGACUGGACCGUGUCUGCCGUGGCCGCCCUCUAUAUGCUGUUCUCUAAUCUUCUAUUGGUCAAUCUAGUUAUUGCCAUGUUUAGCUAUACGUUCGAGAGAGUCCAGGAAAAUUCCGAGAAGUUCUGGAAGUUUCACAGGUGUACGGUUAUCAACGACUACGAGUGGAGGAUUCCCUCGCCACUAAAUCUUCUCUUUCUUCCUUAUCGAUGUUGCUGCUGGCCUGGACGUAAAGGGGGAUGUAGGGACAAAUGCAGAGAAUAUUUCAAUAAAAAAGAAGUGCAGAAAGAACUUGAAAUGGACCAAAAGCAGAGAAUUUACAGAAUACAUCUUCAGCGAAAUACAGCAUUUAAAAUAUUUAAUAGAAAGUAACAAAAAGACCAAACUACAAGAACUGGAAAUCAAAUAAGGAUGUUAUGGAAUAUUGU